AUGGCAGUCAAGGCUCUCAACGGGACCUGGGACCUCCAGGGGAGCGAGAACCUCCUGCCGUACGUCCAGGCCAUCGGCAAUAACUUUGACGCAGUCAAAAGUGUCCUCGGUCCAUCAAACAAGUACAUCCAGACCAUCAGCAUCGAUGGGGAGCACGUGACCAUCGAGAGCACUACCAACAUACAUUCGACGGCUUUCACCGGCAAGCUGAAUGCGGAAAAUGAAGAAGUCACGUUGGACAACAGGAAAGUAAAGAGCAUCGUGUCAGUUGACGGAGGAAAGCUGCUGCACGUGCAGAAGUGGGGAGACGCCGUGAACAGCAUCGUCCGCGAGGUCCGGGAUGGGAAGCUCUACGCGACUUACACCAUCGGAAACGUGGUGAUGAAGCGCUCAUUUCAAAAGAUCCGUUAA